UCAGCACAGCUCUUCUGCCGGUGUGAGAUUGGUCGACAGCACGGGUGCCAUUUGGCGCAGUUUUGAGCUACAUCCGUUAACAAAGGGCGUCCAGUUAUUUAUUUGGUGUCGUAUUUGUGAGUUUUAUUUAAUCCAGUUUGCCGUCAAAUAUUCACAAUGAGCGCAAUUAACGUUAAAAAGCUUAAAGUUAACGAGCUGAAGGACGAGCUGAAAAAGCGUAAUCUUUCGGACAAGGGGCUGAAGGCCGAGCUGAUGGACCGCCUGCAGGCCGCGGUGGACGAGGAGGCCCUUGCCGAAGGCUCGUCGCUGGACCAAGAAGCGGCGGCGGAUGAGGGUUUCGGCCAGGCCGCCGAACAGGAGGGUAUGGGAGAGGAAGAAGAGGGCGAGGGCCCGAUAGAAGAAAGCAUGGAAGCCAACGAGGUGGAGGGGGAGGAAGAAGAGCCGGAAAAUGGAGGCGACGGUGGUGGCGUCGCCGAGGACGAAGAGAUGGGUGAGGGGGAAGAGGACGGGGACGAGGAAGACGAAAUGGAUCCAAUGCUUAAGGGAGAUGUGGACGACAUGGAGAAAAUAGACGCAGAGGAUGGUGAGCCCGGGGACCAGGCUGCUGAGGGGGAUGCGGACAAAGACACGAAUGCUGAUCAGAAGAAUAAGAAGGGUGUUAAGAGACGCCGGGAGGAACAUGGAAGGGGCUACUUUGAAUUUAUUGAAGAGAACAAAUACAGCUGGGCCUCAUUUAAGUCUCCUGUGCCACCUCUGGAGGAAGAAGAUGAGGAGUUUGAUGAUACAAAAGUCUGCCUGGAUGCCUACAACUGCGAUCUGCACUUCAAGGUGUCACGGGACCGUUACAGUGCCUCAUCACUCACAAUGGAGAGUUUUGCUUACCUGUGGUCCGGAGGCAAGGCCACCUACGGUGUGAACAAAGGCAAAGCCUGCUUUGAGAUGAAGAUUACAGAGAAAAUUCCUGUUAAGCACAUUUCCAGCAAGAACAUGGAGAUUCAUGACGUGCAGGUCGGCUGGUCCCUGGCUACUGGCACCCUGCUCCUUGGUGAGGAGGAACAUUCUUAUGCAUAUUCUGGGAAAGGCAAGAAGACUGCCAACUGUGUGACAGAGGACUUUGGGGAAACCUAUGAGGAGAAUGAUGUCAUCUGCUGCCUUAUUGACUUUGAGGGUGAGGAGGUGGUGUUGUCCUUUUCAAAGAAUGGCGGGGAGCCGGCUGUCGCUUUCCAGGUCAGCAAGGACACUCUGAAGGGCCAGGCCCUUUUUCCACACAUAAUCUGCCACAAUUGUGCUGUGGAGUUCAACUUUGGCCAGAUGGAGACUCCGUACUUCCCUCAGCCCCAGGGCUACACCUUCCUACAGCAGAUCCCUGUGAGUGAACGAGUCCGGGGUCUCAAGGGGCCACAGACGAAGGCUGACUGCGAGAUCAUAGUAAUGGUAGGCCUGCCAGGUUCAGGGAAGACGACAUGGGUGAAGAACCAUGUCCAGGAGAACCCUGGGAAAUACUACAUCCUGGGCAGCGACACCAUUGUGGACAAGAUGAUGAUCAACAGCCUGAAACGUCAGUCCAAGGACAUUACAAAACUAACUGCAAUUUCCCAGAGAGCACCACUUUUCUUGGGAAAGUUUAUUGAGAUUGCUGCCCGCAAGAAGAGAAACUACAUCUUGGAUCAUACCAACCUGUCUGCACCGGGCCAGAAGAGGAAGAUGUGCUUGUUUGCAGGCUUCCAGCGCAAGGCUGUGGUGGUCUGCCCCUCUGAUGACGACUACAAGCAGAGAGUCCAGCAGAAGGUUGAGAGUGAUGGCAAAGAAGUGCCUGAGCACGCUGUCUUCAAAAUGAAAAGCUUCUAUUCUCUGCCUGAAGAGGGAGAGAGCUUCAAUGAGGUCAUCUAUGCUGAGCUUCAGAAGGAGGAGGCUGCCAAGCUACUGGAACAGUACAAAGAGGAAAGCAAGACCGCUCUGCCAGCUGAGAAGAAACCCAACCAGGGAAGCACAACACCAAAAAGAGGCGGUGGCCUGCGUGGUGGUGGCCGGGGAGGCAAGAACCAGUUCAGCCGCGGCGGUGGACCUGGGCAGAGAGGCGGUGGCCGCGGAGGCUUCCAGAACAGAGGCAACUUCAGAGGAGCUCCUGGUCCUCGUGGUAGCUUCAACCGUCCACCCCCUCGUGGCUUCCUGCCUCCCCCAGCCUUCAGAGGAGGGUUCCCCAACCGUGGAAACUUCAACCGCGGCGGCCCCCUUCCCAGCCUUGGCGGAUCCCCCAGGGGUGGACCAAUGAGGGGUAACAUGGGACCCAGAGGGGGAGCCAUGAACAGAGGUGGCCCAAUGCACAGAGGGAACAUGAACAGAGGAGGUGGAGCCAGCAUGAACCGUGGCGGAAACCGGGGACAUCCUAGCCAGUUUCAGCCAAGAGGUGGUCACCGUGGCAACUUUGGUGGCAACAAGAAUGGCAACUUUGGUGGCAACAGGAACGGUGGCAACUUUGGUGGCAACAGGAACGGCAUGGACAAGGCUCAAGCCUUCAACCAGAGCUGGCAGCAAGGGUUCUGGAACCAGAAGCCAUGGAGCCAGCAGUAUCAGCCUGGAUAUUACUAAGACACUUGUUCUAACGGACUGGUGGCAGACAUGAGACCCACCGCUAGCCACGGAACAUCCUCCACCCCGCUUUUUGAUUUUUUUUCUUUUCCUAGAACCCACUUUUUAAUCUAAAACCCACCAACUGAAGACAAAAGCGAUAUGGAGCAACAACAUUCCACAUCAGAGGAGACCAGGCACCCUGAGUGUAAUUGAAGCUUUAUAUAUCUAUAUACACGUGCGACGUGGGUUCAUUCUCAUUCAAUCAUCUGUUUUAUUUCUUCUGUUGUAUAUUUCAUUAUCUAAAAUUUUAUUUUUUUUAAUUUUAUUUUUUUUCCCCCGCCACUUUUAAAUAACGUGCUUUUUAAAAAAAAAUCUCAUGUUUGUAAUAUCAGGAACCAGAAACAUGUUGCCAGCCUGGCAAAUGUUAGGAAAGAUUUUUUUUCAGGGUUGUGCAUUUUAUCUGUGCUUGUGAUUUUUGUUUUGCUUUUUUUAUUACAAAUUGUAAAUAUUUUUUCUUUUGCGUAGUUUGUUACAGUUAUGAUUGAAAGGAACCUUUGCUUAUUAGCGAAGAGCAUGGUAGGUGAUUAUAUUGUACUGUACAUGUCAAUAUAGUCAAACAGUUAAACUAAAGCAACAGAUUACAGCAAGCUUUUGUCUUUUUUCCAAUCAAACCUGUAACCUAAACUCCAUAGACCUACAAUAAACAACUCGUUGCUUUUUUACAUUCUUCCUGGCUUAUGACUUUUGAUUCAUUUCAAAGGUGUGUAAAAGACCUUUGAAUGGGCGAUGUCAGAGUUUGCUACUUCAAACAGUACAGACAUCAGCCCCACUACAAGUCCCAGUUUACACUUCAUUAGUAAAGUAUUCCCUUCAACUGUCCUGUCUUUGAUACGUCUUUCCAGUCCUUUUAGCUAUUCUAAUGUACAUUUGAGAAAGUAUUUUGGCAAAGCCAUUUUAAGGAUAUAAGUAAGCCAUUUUAGUAUUACAUUAUGCCUUUCUUAAAUUUGUUUUUAAAUGUCUUUUAAUUUAUAUUUGGAAAAUUAGGGCACUGACUACGCUUGACAGGGAGGGUGGUUGAUUAGAUUAUCAAUGGUUCCUGUAGUGCGCUAGACUUCUGAAAAAUGGCAAGCACUGAUCAGUCCAACAAAUUACAAACUAGACAUUUUAUAUUGACACCACUAUUUAAAUUUUGAACAAAUUUCUGAUACUAGUUCAGCACAAAAGUGAUUGAAAGCAGGCAGGGGUUACUCAUUUUCACCAGCAGACUUAAAGGGCUACACAGUAUCACAACGCAAACCCUAUUAACACCACCAACGGUUCAUGAAGACCUCUUCAGGCUGAUUGCAGAAGAUGCAGAGAGUAACGUUUUGGCAACUUAAAUGCAUUGUUUGGAAGCGCUCCGUUCUGUUAGUGACUGUGUGGCCCUGCAAUAAUGGCAGCUCGUCAUCAAACUGCUCAGAAUGUGUCCCAGCUCAUUAUCCUGGCAGAGGACGCCCAGCUUUGUUUCAAAACUAGAAGAACCGAGCUGGAGAACACCGUAACAGUAGAUCAGACGAAAUGUGGUUUGUGUGUGUGUGUUUCCAUUUUGAUUUUUUUUACCUGCCCAUGUUGAUAUUUAAUAAACAUGUAAAUACUUCACCACUAUUUCAACCGUGCACGAAUGUUCAUGAAUUAACUGACUUCGAGUAAUAACUAUUGUGAUUAAGAAAGUUUUAGUUUGCCCGAGUACUGCUGUGUGAUGAAUUGUCAACUAUUUAAAUGUGUGGAGAGUUUGUGCCCUCCUCUUAUUGUACUGCAUACAUAAAUCUAGCAGAAUGCAAGCUUUGAGUUAACAGUUUAAUCUACAAUACAACAGACACUAUAUUUUUAUCGCUUUAUGUUGCAGGUUGUAUAUCAGGUCUUUUAUGAUUAAACCAACAAUGCAAAAGCUUUGAGACUUUUGAGAUUUGUUCUCUUUUCUAUCUGACAGUUUUUGAUAUUUUUUGUUUUAAAAAUGUGGGAUUGUAUUUUCUUUUUUAAUUUGUCCCAAACUCUAUUAAAGUUAAGAAGCUGGUA